AUGGCGUCGACUGCCAACCUACCGGAUGUUCCAGCGAGCUCUGGAGAUUCUUCAGCGCCAAUCGCAAUUUGCAACCCGUCACCAUCACCGUCGCCUACCAAGUCCAAGCUGUUGCCUUCACCAAGUGUUGCUGACAUUUUGGCGCAUGACGGAAGUGUGGACGUUCGACUACUGAUGAUUUCCCUGUGGAAACAUCGAGCCAAUGCCGAGUUCACAUCGGAACUUUGCCAGCGUCUGUGCUCAAUACCAAUCACCCAACCAAUGUUGGACCAAGUAGAAUUCUACCUGCCACAGUUAGCGCACAUGGUGGUACACCUCGAACGAGAACUACCCAUGGAAGACAUGGAGCAAUUUGUACUACUUCUCUCGCAGAGUAGCGUGCAUUUCGCUCUACAAUUCUUCUGGAUGAUUUACGCGGCGCUGGACGAGAAUCGCCCAAAGCGUGCGGGUAAUAACCCUCAGACCUUUGCUCGCUGUGCGAGACUGUUGCUCGCACUCGAGCAAUGCUUCGUGUACGGCUCUCCGGCUGCUCGACAGGCCUCGGAAUUGCUAACACGGCAAAGUAUCUCCCGGGACGAGAUGGAGCAGAUUCUCUUGGCCGAUCGUCGCUUUUUCGCAGCUCAACAGAGUAGCUCAGACUCUACUAGCAUUGGUGGAGGGGUAGAGGAUGUAGCUCCAAUCUCAGGUGGUUGGUUACUUAAGAAAGGAGGUGGUACUCGAACUAUGGGUCGACGCAACUGGACGAUGCGAUGGUGUCGUAUCGAGAAGCGCAUCUUGCUGGUAUUUACAAAACCCGCAGAUUCUCAGCCUCGCGCAGCCAUCCCACUGCAUGGCGCCAAAGUGCACGUAGUGGAGAAUAAGCGUCCGUUUUACUUCGAAAUCGCCCACGAUUUUAGCGAGACCAAGGCGAAAUUUGCUGCAAAAACUGCGGAUGAUUUAUCCACGUGGGUCGCGUAUAUCCAAAAGACCGCUGCGUUACCAGACCCCCCAGCUGGCAGUCCAACCAAAGGAAGUUGCAGUCCUGAACGAACACUGGCACGUAUGUCGUUCGCCAUGAGAACGUUUAUCAUGCAAUCUUCCACUAAUGUAACUAGCAAUGCAAUCGACAACGCUACACUUCCAUCGGAAAGUGGCUCCCCUUCUAAAGCAGAUGGUACGAGUCGUCCAGCAGAAAUCAUAGCUGAUGUAUUAGCUGCGAAUAUGCGAACUCGGAUGCUAAGUAGUGGUGGCGUGAGCCAAGCGGGUGACACUGAAGUGAGUCAAUAUUCGACCACCGAUUGCUGUGGCCCCGACGUGUUCAUGCAGACGCUUAUGCUGCCAGACCAGCAGCGACGGUAUGAAUUCUUUUGCAGCAUGGUUCACUUUGUCAAGUCCAUCACGGACAUAUCGGAGGCUCUUCGUCGAGUUGAACUUCCUAAACGCAAGGAGUUGCUAGGACCCCUUCUAAAACAGCUGCGAAUACCCCAUCGAGCAUACAUCCCGCUAUGCAAGGCAACGGACUCUUAUUGCAAUGUCGAGUCGGUAUUCAGCGACGAAGGUCGCGUCUUCAGCACUCACGAACGAGCACCGUGUUUGAUCUACUUUGCCACUGAGGAAAGUGAAAGCGGUGAAGAUGUCUCCACUGUUUUAUUCAACGAAUUGUACGAAACUCGGACCUCGGAUGUCUGUGACAUUGACGAAGACGAUGAGAUCGUGACAGCUUUUGAUCAGCACGCCGCGGAUAUUGCGCUAAGACAAGCACGGACGUCACAUGCAUCUCGAGCUAAGCACAUCUCCAGUCAGAUGUCGUCUUUUCUCCGUGAACUGCUUUCGGAUGACGAACGCAAACAGCGCAUCGAAAAAACAUUCGGCGAACUGACCUUCACCACGGCAGAGCGUCUCCAGAAAACGAUUCGAUGUGAGAAUCCGGAACGCUGGCGUCUCGCUGGUUUAAUGUCCAAGAGCUUCGAUGAUCUCCGUCAAGAAGUUUUAGUGAUGCAGCUCAUCUCGUACUUCCAGCAGAUUUUUGAAUUGGAAAAGCUGCCACUGCGACUGCACCCGUAUCGCAUCCUGUCCACAGGUUCCACUACUGGUCUCAUUGAAGUGGUUCGUAAUGCGAUGUCACUUGAUGGGAUCAAGAAGACCCCAGGCUUCAAGAACCUACGCAGCCACUUUGAACAGAUGUAUGGUGGAGCAACAAAUAGUACUGAAGGUGGCGAUAACGCCGGUGAGGGAGCUGAACUACUUCGACAGGCUAAACUCAACUUCAUCCACAGUUUAGCUGCGUACUCGAUCGUGUGCUACAUUCUCGCUAUCAAGGAUCGACACAACGGCAACAUUAUGCUGGAUAUCGAAGGUUUCAUUAUUCACAUUGACUUCGGCUUCUUCCUAGGCCGAGCCCCAGGAGGAAGCUUCAGCUUUGAGACGGCCCCAUUCAAACUAACAGCCGAGAUGGUGGACGUGCUUGGCGGCCGUCAUUCCUCCAAUUUCCAGUAUUUUACAGACUUGUGUGUCCAAGGUGCUCUUGCAGCUCGAAAGCAUGCCGAGACGAUCUACACGCUAGUGGAAGUCAUGAGCUACCACUCCAAGCUCCCGUGUUUCGUCGGAGGCGCAGCUGGUCCCUUAUCGGGACUAAAAGACCGUCUAUUCCUCAAUAUACCCGACAAGAAAGUGGCACCAACAAUCCAAAGCAUGGUGCAGCGAGCCUACGAUCAUUUCGGUACGAAUAAGUACGAUCAGUUCCAGACGUUCUCCAACGGAAUCGCCAAGUAG